GAGAGAUGGCGGCCCCCAUGAGGAGGACACUGCAGGUCCUUCACAGAUUAACAUGCAGCAGUUUGACGAACGUGCUACGCUGGACACAGUGCAUUCCACAGCUAGCUUAGCUGUCAUUUGAGGACACCCACUAUUUUAAUCCUACAGUUCUAUGAACGCAGAGGCCUCUCUGGAUCUACGACAUCCAGUUCCACUUUCCAUUCCGGUCCGGACCAAGAAGCGAUACUUUAUCCCUCCAGCAGUGGGAAUGAAGAGUAAGAUGGAGGAAAACAUAGAAGCUAAGAUUCGAGCAGCAGGUGUUGUUGUCAAACAAGAGUAUAUGGAGAGGCCCAUUAACAUCUCCUGCACAGCGGGAGUCUAUGAUGCCUACAUCCCACCAGAGGGUGAUGCUCGUCUUUCCACUCUCUCUAAAGAAGGCCUUAAACAACGAACUGAACAGAUCCGACAGAGUGCUGCCUCACAACUAGCGAUUCGUAAAAUCAAAGGGCAUGACUCUCUGUUCAAGACGAAGGAGUUUGCAGAGCAGGCACAGGAAAUCUUUAUAGAGGCUCACAACGCACUGACACAGUUUAACAAGGCAAAACUUCACUCUUUGGUAACAGAGCGGUGUUAUCCCGAGAUGACGAGGGGGAACCGAUACAAGACCAUCCACUGGAGGUUCAUUGAGUCCUUGGAGCCGCCCAAAGUGGUGCAGGCCCGCUGCCCUGAUAUGGUCAGUAAAGACAACCUGUAUGGCCAGGUGACGGUCCGCAUGCACUCCAAACAGACUCUGGCCAUCUAUGACCGAUUUGGGCGGUUAAUGCUGGGCUGUGAGGAGCACCCGAAGGAUGUCUUGGAGUACCUGGUUUUCGAACGGCACCUCGUCAACCCCUACGGCUGCUGGAGGUUACAUGGAAAAAUCGUACCAUCUUGGGCUCCUGCUAAAGAUCCAGUUAUUAAGACUGUCAUGAUUCCUGGUCCGAAGCUGAGACCAGAAGACGAGCUGGAUGCCGUCAAUUUACAAGUUCCCAAACCUGCUGCAGUACAAUGGUAUAAAUAGGCCACCAGAUGGCACUGAUCUUUGCAUCAAAACCACUGUAGGACAUGAGCCUAUUGCUGUUCAAAAAAUUGGUAAUGGUUGGUGCUUUUGUCCACUUUGGCAGGAAAUCAGACGUUCUUCAAGCUUUCAGUGCUUUUCAUGACUUUCCCACACUUAUGUUCUCCACUAAUUUAAUGGGAACAAGUGUAACAAUUAAAUUCACACAUUUCAAGAAA